UUAAAACUUAAGAACAUCUCAAAUAUCAAAGUUAGUUCACUAAAUACUUUGAUAUUUAAAGGUGAUGAAGACAUCUUCAAUGUUCAUCAAGUCUUCCUCUCUAGUUUUCGCCCUUUUCCUCUUGUCGAUCUUAGAAUCAACAACAGCUCAAGAAGUCGAUGAUGAAACAGAGUUUGACUAUAUGAGAGGAAGUGAAAAGGGGCCAGAUCGGUGGGGACAUAUAAAGGAAGAAUGGGCAGAAUGUAAAACGGGUAAGAUGCAAUCACCAAUUGAUUUAUUACAUCGGAGAGUUCAAGUUUUGCCCAAAUCUGAAGAAGUUGUCAAGUUUUAUAAGUCCGGGAAUGCUACCGUCAAAAAUAGAGGACAUGAUAUCAUGAUUGAGUGGGAGGGUGAAGAGAGUAAAAUCCAGAUGAAUUGCACUACUUAUAUCCUAAAGCAAUGCCAUUGGCACUCACCAUCAGAGCAUACAGUUAAUGGAAAACGGUUUGCCGCAGAGUUGCACUUGGUACAUCAAAGCUCAGACAACAAGAUUGCUGUUAUUGGACUGCUUUACAAACUUGGGAAACCUAAUCGUUUCCUCAAUAAGCUCAUGGAAAAAUUGAAACUAGUUCCUCAUGCUCUUGACAAGACAAACGCCGGUGAAAUUAAUCCGGGAGAAAUAAAGUUGAGAGGAAAUAAGUAUUACAGAUACAAGGGAUCACUCACCACCCCUCCUUGUACAGAAGGUGUUGUUUGGACCAUCGACAAACGAGUUGCCACAAUUUCAGAGAAUCAAGUAGCAUCUAUACGUGAAGUUGUUCAUGAUGAUGCUGAGAAAAAUGCAAGACCGUUGCACCCACGUAAUGGAAGGAAGAUCCGCCUUUAUACUACAACAAUCAAGGGUCACAGUAGAGAAAACUAAAAGUAAAUCACUAUUUGAAUAUUAUUAUGGUGGAUUUGGUACCAAAUUGGUGUGCUUGCAUCUAUGAUCAAAAUUAAAACUAAAAAAACUAAAAUAAAAAGAAGAUUUUGAUUAUGUAAUUAUAGCAAGACUUGUAAUGAAAUGUACAAUGUUUCUUUUGGAAAGGUAGGCAUGUUUAUUUUUUA